AUGAUACCCAAUCAUGAAUCACAUAAAUUAUUAAGUGAUAUGAAAGAACAACAAGAUCAAAAUGAAAAAGCUUUAAUAUAUUUACGAAGACGUCUGAUGCAUAAUAAUAGUUCAUUAUUAAGUUCAAAUGAUAGUCCAUCUUUACCAUAUAUUAAUUCUGCUCAACGGACAAUAAAUGAUGAAGUCAGAUCUUUACGUAAUGUAUGUUUACAAUCGGGUGGUCAAGAUUCUAAUAUUCUUGCACAAUAUAAUGAUCUUGAACAUAGAUUACGUUAUUAUGAAUAUUAUCCAUGGAUGAAAGAUUAUCCUGAACCAUUAAAACAAUAUCGAUAUCGUCCAAUUUAUCCAAUUGAAUCUACAACUAAUAAAUUAACAUUAGCUAAUAAUGAAAAAGAACGUCUUCAAAAUGAAGUGAAUGAUAUGCAACGUAAAUUUCAAAAACUUGAUUCACGUACUCGACAAUUAGAAUUAUCUUUAGCAACGAGUGGAAUACUUGAUCCUAAAUCAAAUAAAAAUAAUCAUAUUUAUUCAUCAUCAACAAUUGAUCUUUAUCAACCAAAAAAUUCUUUAAAUCAAACAUCUGCUCGUCAAAUUUAUACGAAUUCAGAUAAUGAUCCAUUUGAUCAACGUCGAUAUUUUCUUCAAUCAUCAUUACCUUUACUUGAUAAUGGUAUGACAUUACGUGGAAAUCAACCAGUAAAUCAUCCGAAUUCAAAUAUGAAUAAAGUAUUGGAUCCAUUAGAUCCACAAACAUAUGAUGCAGUUGCUGGUUUUGUAAUACUUUUUGAUUUUAUUACUAAUUUUCAUCCAACAAUUGAAAAAUGUCGAUUAAUAACAUGUCUUCAUCAUGCAAAAUCAGGUCUUGGUGAACCAUCACAUUUAGAAACAUUCAAUUGUGAAUUAUAUAUUAAUCAAAUAUCCGGUGAACAAAUGGGUAUUGCUUUACUUGCUACUAGACAACCUGUACCAAGUUGUCCACCACAACAAGCAUUAUCAAUUGUUAUUGAAGUACAAACAACAAACAAACAAAAUCCAAAUGAACCAUUACGUACAAAUGCUUGGACUAAAUUACCAUUAUUUGAUCAUAAAAGUCGUUUAUUAAGUGUUCGAUGGAAAGUACCAUUAAGAUCAUUACCUAUUUUUCAUAAUGAAAGUUUUCCUAAUAUUAAUAAAUUGCC